CGCCUUCUUCAAACCGCCUACCCAUGAAAAUAGACUAACGGAGGAGGCUCCUCGCCACACUGUGUUGGUAGCCUGAACGUCUUGAUAAGGCUUUCGAUAUCGCCAAGUACAUGAGGGCAUCAAGAAGAAGUGUGUACGUUCUCCAGGAACUGCUCAACACAUUGGCCAGUUGCUAAGAGUCACAGGUAAUGAGAUGUCAACAGGAACCUGGAGUCCCUCUGGAUGAACACCGCACCAUGUGUCAAAACUGCAAAUGUCUCACUGCUGCCUCAUAGACGGCUUCACCUCCUGUAAACCUUGCCCUCUAACCUGAGGACUGUCCUAAUCCUCACUAUUGACCACUGGCCAAGAUGAAGAAGGUGGAGGCAUGGUCAGCAGAAGAUGUUUCUGACUGGUUGAACAAAGAGGGGAUGCCAGAGUACAUAAAAGUGCUCCACCAGACAGAUGGCCCUGCUCUGCUCAGUCUCACCAAGGCAGAUUUUACGGUGCCUCCGCUCUCGCGGAUGUCACCUGAUGGCGGAGAGCGACUCUUGGAGCGGAUAGAGAUACUCCAGAUAGAGACCCAUAUCGAGGAUCAUAAAAAUGGUCAUGCAAAUGGGCACAUAGGGGGAAUACCCAAUGGAACUAGUAAGCUCCAGAGGAAUGGCACGCUGGGGAAGAAAGACUUUGAGACGAAGAUCCGCAUUCCCAUUCCAACAGUGGAACCACCUCGCUCUUCAUUCCCUACAGAGUGGGGGAAGACAGGCAUAGCAUUCAUCUAUGCUAUAAUCUGCUUCGUCACCACCACUGUUGUCAUUUCCGUGGUCCAUGAAAGAGUUCCUCCUAAAGAGCACACUCCACCACUGCCUGAUAAGUUUUUUGACCUGUUUGACAGGCGCGAAUGGGCUUUCUCCAUCUGUGAGAUUAACGGCAUGCUGCUGGUGGGGCUGUGGCUAAUACAGUGGAUUCUUCUCAAGCACAGAUCAAUUAUAGGCAGGAGGUUCUUUUUCAUUGUGGGAACACUCUAUCUGUACCGAUGUAUUACAAUGUAUAUCACUACUCUUCCGGUUCCUGGGAUGCACUUUAAAUGCUCACCAAAGCUUCUCGGGAACUGGGAGGCACAGAUGAGGAGAAUAAUGAAAAUGAUUGCCGGUGGGGGCCUCUCCAUCACAGGCUCCCACACCAUGUGUGGAGAUUAUCUGUACAGUGGCCACACCGUCAUGUUAACGCUCACGUUCCUCUUCAUCAAAGAGUAUUCCCCCAGGCGCUUUUGGUAUUACCACUGGUUUUGCCUAGCACUGAGCGCUUUUGGGAUUUUCUGCAUCCUUCUGGCCCACGACCACUACACUGUGGAUGUGGUCGUGGCAUACUUCAUCACUACACGCCUCUUCUGGUGGUACCACACCAUGGCCAACCAGCAGUCGCUGAAGAAGACCUCACAGAGCAACCUGUUGUCACGGGUGUGGUGGUACAGACUCUUCCAGUAUUUCGAAGAGAACGUGAACGGUACGGUUCCCCGGAAUUACCAGCUGCCUCUUUCGGCACGAGCGUUUCACUGGAACCAUGCCGUGAAGUACAGCCGACUGGACAUCCAGUGACCCCCGUCGAGCUGAAGCAGGCAAGGACUGUGACUUAAACAAGUGCUAUGUUUUUUAAUCCAUGGAAGAUGGCACUGUUCGAAGUAGCGCUGUCCUUUUCACCCUUACUAACAGGAGUCUCCCGGGCUAUAUGGGUAGCACUGUGACCCUCUAGACACGUUUUCCUUCUGUUGUCCUUUUUCAUUUCUGCACGUUUUUGUAAGUGCACUAAUUUAUUUGUUUUUACUUCAACUUAAUGGGUCACAAGCAUUUCUGCUGGUGUAGCAGAUCUGUCAUUUCGAAGUAUUUUAUUUUUUUUGUCAGCACAAAAGCAUCAAUGAUUUCAUGUUUCUAGAUUUCUAGUUAAGUCGGCAUCCAACAGAUGCUUAAUUGAGAAACAAAUGCCAUAAUCAAUAUGUUUUCUCUUUUUUUUUUUUUUAUAGCAACUAUAGCAACUUACUUUUGGUAAACUCUCCUUGCUUAAAUGAAUCAAAGGUGCAGAAGAUAUUUUUUCUAAAUAUGUCAAACUUUAUUUUUUGAAAGCGAAGCGAUCUCCAGCUAAAGAUUUUUAGAUUUGUAUCUUUUUCAAGAUGGUUAGUGGAGACCGUAAGAAUAUCGUGUGGUAUGACAUUAACGCAGUGCCUUCCUUAGCCCGAUUGUCACACGGUUUAAGUACAACACGUGUUGUUGCCCUAACCCAACCACCCCCCUCCCUGUUGCGGUUACUGGCCCAGUACUGCAACACCGUCACAGUCCUGUUCUUAUGAAUGUAUAAAAAAAACGGACUAUGCUUAGCCUUACCAGGAGAUUGGCCCUCUGAAUUAGAGGUGCAGUGAGUUCAAUAUCCGGUUUGUAAACUAAUGCUUUACCAGAUCCGUUUAACACAACAAAUAUGACUGUUAAUUGUAUUUUAAGUAUACAAUAUUUCUUUUUUUUUUUUCUUUUUUUUUUCACCAGUCAGUCUUUAACCAGCAUGAGCGUGGUUCAACGCCGGAUCACAGAUGCUAAUUUUACUUCUCAGACAAAGUUAUCUGAAAAUCACUGCUUCCUAAUUGGCCGUCCGAUAAGAGAUAUCUCCAACGAGAUAAGAAAUGUUACUCCAGAUCUGGAUGUGUCUUGUGCAUCCUUGCAGCUGAGCCCUUUCCUUUGUUCCCCAAACGGAGUCUCAGUUUGAAAUCAAAAUCAGAUCAUCGACAUGCAGAGGCUGAACUUUUUAAAGCCACGGCGAAAAAAAAUGAAAGCUUUGGUCCUAGUUUUGGAGUAUAUCUGUGUUAAUUAUUAGACUUAGUUAAUAUGUAUGUGUCAUUUUUGGUUUUCAAUCUGCUGUCCUGCAGUUUGAAGACAAGUACAUCAACAGUUUUCUGUUUGUGGGGAACAAUCUUAAAUGGCUGCACCACAAAACUGAUAAUAUAUUUAAUCAUAAGUGUCCAAUGUUAGUUUUUGUUUUUCUUUAAUUAAGGUGAAUAUGCGUCCAUAUCCAUCAGAAUCAUGUAUUGUUGUUUUUUUGUGUGUAACAGACUGAACCGUAAAGAGUAUUACAUUUUAUUUCUAGAGGAAGACUUAACUUGUGUUGCAGAACAUUCAUUUUGAAUUAUAUGAAGUGGUUUUGAUGACAAAGAUUUCAAAUAAGUAGGAAUAAUAAUUUGUGUAAGGUCCUGGUGGUGAAAUCACCAUUGCUUUUAAAAGCAAAGCCAGCAAGGAGUCCUGAUGUUUCAGAAUAGAGUCCCGAUCAUUUCACUUUUAUUGAGAAAAUUGUCUCCGCUUUUAAAGAGAACCAGCAGCCCCCCCCCUCACAUCAUGGCCAUAGUUUUCAUUUUAGAUGCCAUUUGAUCCAAACAACUCUCUAAUUAACUUUUAAUGUUUAGACUUACAUGCAGGUUUUCCUAAAUUUGCCAAUUAAGUUAUUUUUUUCAUGUUUUUGUCUCUAAGAAAUCAGUAGUUUGGAUUUCUCUCAGUAAAGUUCUUACCCAUUUUAUAUCAUUUUUUUUUGUCUGAAAGCCAGAUGUUUGUAAGAUAUGCUAAAGGAUCUACUUGGAAUGUGUUUUGAAUAAAACAUUUUACAAUAAAGUAUUUGUUUUAUUAA